UCCGCGUCGCCGGGGUAGGGAGGCGCCGGAAGCACCGGGAGCCGCCACAUGGCGCAGGCGGGGAGCGCCCACCGUGGGGUCGGUGGGCAGCGGAGCGCGGGCGCGGCUCCGGGGUGCGCGCUUUGGCGCUGGGCCCUGGCGCUGCUGUGGCUGCCGACAGCCGCGGCCGGCCCCUCCCGGCGCCAGUGGCCCGUGCCCUACAAACGCUUUUCCUUCCGUCCAGAACCAGAUCCUUAUUGUCAAGCUAAAUACACAUUCUGUCCAACUGGCUCACCCAUCCCAGUUAUGAAAGGUGAUGAUGUCAUUGAAGUCUUUCGGUUACAAGCCCCAGUAUGGGAAUUUAAAUAUGGGAACCUCCUGGGACACUUGAAAAUUAUGCAUGAUGCCAUUGGAUUCAAGAGUACUUUAACUGGCAAGAACUACACAAUGGAAUGGUAUGAACUUUUCCAACUUGGAAACUGUACAUUUCCCCAUCUCCGACCUGAAAUGAAUGCCCCUUUCUGGUGUAAUCAAGGAGCUGCCUGCUUUUUUGAAGGAAUUGAUGAUAUUCACUGGAGGGAAAAUGGGACGUUAGUUCUAGUAGCAACCAUAUCAGGAAACACAUUUAACGAAAUGGCCAAGUGGGUAAAGCGGGACAAUGAAACAGGGAUUUAUUACGAGACAUGGACUGUCCAAGCCAGCCCAGCAAGAGGGGCAGAGACAUGGUUUGAAUCCUACGACUGUUCUAAAUUCGUGUUAAGGACAUAUAAGAAGUUGGCUGAACUUGGAGCAGAAUUCAAGAAGAUAGAAACCAACUAUACGAGAAUAUUUCUUUACAGUGGAGAACCUACCUAUUUGGGAAAUGAAACAUCUGUUUUUGGGCCAACAGGAAAUAAGACUCUUGCUUUAGCCAUAAAAAAAUUUUAUUACCCCUUCAAACCACAUUGGUCAACUAAGGAAUUUCUCUUCAGUAUCUUGCAAAUUUUUGAUGCAGUGAUUAUACACAGAGAGUUCUAUUUGUUUUAUAAUUUUGAAUAUUGGUUUUUACCUAUGAAAUUCCCUUUUAUUAAAGUAACUUAUGAAGAAAUCCCUUUACCUAACAGAAACAAAACACUCUCUGGUUUAUAAUAUUUUAAUUCUGCUCUUUCUUUCCUUUUAUCACCAGCAUAUAUGUUUUUCAUGGGGUGAUUUUACAUUUGUGGAUUUCUUAGGCCUUUCUACCUUGGACCAGAAAUGCAUCUGGGCAGAAUUGCCACAUACCAUCUCAGGACUAUUUUUGGAGAGAAGCUGAAACUUACUGCAUUGGUCAAAGUGGGCACAUUAGGUGAUCUUGGUUUCAAACUCCCAAGCCUUUCUUAAUAUGAAUUACAGUUCAUAUCAGAUAUAUAGGAUCUCUGGGGACCCCCCCUUUUUUUUUAAUUGUGGAUAUGGUGUACCAAGAUUUUUUUAAUACCCUCAGUGACAUUUUCAUGAUGGGAGGUACUUUUGGUAUAGUAGUUAUGCAUUUUCAUUUAAGUACUUUUUGGUGGUUUAGACGGACUUUACAGCUUUUGUAACUUUAGGGACCAGGUCUAGUAGUUUGAUUUUGUUCUGUUCACUUAAAGACCAAUCUGGACACCAUAGCUGCAGCACUCGUGCUUCUGGAUGAGGUAAAAACAGUGUUAAAGAGCUUAAGUUUCUAUCUAGAAUUUUAGAAUUAGCCAGUAACUGGCAUUUUGUGAUUUAGGCAGCUUAGCAUUUCUGAACUUUACUGUCCUUAUGUCUAAGAUGAUUCAUCUGUCAGGACUGUUAUAAAGACUGAAGCCAUGUAUGUUUGUCAUAGGAAAGUUAGAGUAAAUGGUCGCUAUAAUGAUGAGUCAAAGAACAAAGUGCCAUCCUCGAUCUGGCCUAAUGUAGUUUAAAUGCCAACCUUUCCUGGGGUUUAUAGUAAU